AUGGCAAUUCCUCACUCUCAAACCUGCAUUUCCAGCAUCGCCAAACGUCCCACCCAGAGCCACCCCGUCCUGUUUCUCCACCAGCGUCUUAUCCCUGCUCUUUAUGCGACAAGGACUUUCGAGCUUCGAUCAGCACUGGAUGACCACAUGGCCGCGAAUCACCUUUUCACCUGCGGAAUGUGUCAGUUCGCGUGCCCGGAGGAGGAACUCCUCCAGGAGCAUAUCGCCUCUGCGCACUCGUGCCCUGUUUGUCAUGAGGGUGUUUUCGCAGACGCAGUCCUUUUGAACGAGCACCUUGUGCACCACGCCACUCCCUACUUAUUAGACUCCCCAGAUGACAUCCAUCCGUCCUGUACGAGAUGUGACCUGGGUUUUCAGGAUGCAGGCGAUUAUUAUAACCACACAGAAACGGUCCAUCCCCAGGUAUCCUGUCAACUGUGCGAUGGUGCAUUGUUUGAUCCUGGAGAGCUUCCUAUACACUACUUGACAUCGCGCAAUCAUCCCGUGUGCGACAUAUGUCAAGUUGGCUUCGGUGACCAAGCUGAAUUUGCUACGCACGGCGCAACGGAACAUCCAGAGGUAUACUGCCACCUAUGCCAGUGGCAGUUUGAGUGCUCUGAGUCGUUACAGAAUCAUAUCCGACACUUCGUAGCCCACCCCAGGUGCAUGGACUGUGACCUGAGAUUCGCAGAUGCGGAUGCCUAUCAACACCAUCUAUUUGUCGUGCACAGGCCACACUGCGGAGAGCCCGCAGGACGUCAAGAUCUCGAUCCAGAAUGUUUGUAUAAUAGUGACGGAGAAGCUCAUUCCGAAGAGCGCAUCUCUAAUUCCAUUGCUCCCGAUCGAGUUGACCCGACAUGGGGUUUUUCUGCUAAUUUUGAUUUCCCCUAUGCCCCGUCCAUCCCCUUACCCCCGAGUACCAGUGGGUACUCCAGCCCUCUGUCGCAGAGGGUUCUGACACGAUCGAGUGUCGGAUCGCGGUCAUCGUCCAGGACGCUUUCGCCACCUCCGAUCUUCGGCAUCAAGGUCGCACAUCUAGAGACUGGGAAUCCCGUAGAUCAUUCUGGAUCACCAGACUUUGAGCACUCGCCGCUUUCUAAUGUACCAGCAGUUGGUACACCAUUGAUAUCAGGCACAGACUUCCGCAGCCCCUUCAGCCCGCGCCCGGACACUCCGGCGCUUUUUGCUCCGUCUCAGGAGCUGAAUGGUGCCAGUCACAGCGAUCAGGAGUCGGUUACGUCUGCGAAAUCACCUGAGGCAAGCUCUCCCGUGAUAAAGCUCCCCGAGAACGGUGCAUCGCCGGUGUCGAGCUCUGGCUGGUCCACGUUGAGUGGCGAGAUUGCGUCAAGAAUGUCAGCCAAAUCGGAGAAUCCGCCGAAUCGGCGGCCAGUGGACCCUGCUGUGCCGACGCUUCGCUUGCAGGUGCCUGUAACUGAUAGUACUUCUCAGACGGUCAGUUUUUCGAUGUCACCGAGUUCUAUUUCACCUGAGUCUGCUGGCAUUGAUAUUUCUGCGAAUGUAACCCCCGACUACUUGCGGGAAGCUCGUGCAUAUCUUGCUGUCACUCAUCCAGAACAGGCAUCGUCAAAUGUGAAUCACGUUCACAGCCCGGCCCUGGCAUCCCCUAGUUUGUCCUCGGUCGGCCUCACCACAUCCUCUCGUGAGCGACGCCGUGAAGUACGAUUCGAGGAUAGUAUCAUGUCGGAGCCGCUAUGGGAAAACCAAUCAUCGGACUCCAGCGAUUCCUCCUUCGAUCCUCCUGUAAUUCCAAACAGGCGAAAAUAUGGUGUGCAGAAGAAAUCAGUUACCAGCAAACUUCCUCGUUUCGCACCACUCAGGACGGGACGCGUUACAGGAAGAAAUGGGACUACCAACGGGACUACCCAUUCGGCCUCUAGUACAAACUCUUCCUCUCCAUAUCAUUGUAGGAUUUGUCGACGGGAGCAUUGCGAGGAUCUGACGACGACGACGUGCGGGCACCUGUUCUGCAACACGUGCAUCACAGAUGCGGUGAUACGGGACUCGCGAUGUCCCGUCUGUAGGAAUGCGGUUCUGCUUUACUGCUUAUUCCGCAUCGACACCACCUGUGAGUUGGAGUGACUGCAAUGACGAGUAGUUAAUCUAUGUAACAUUCGAGAACUGCUUGUUUGUCGUGUAUUAUCAUGGAGUACCUGUUUCGACGUCGAACGUCCAUCCUCAUGACUAGGCACUUGGUACUUUAGUGAAUGUAUACUAUGAGGUCAAACCAAGGUCAGUUUCGACCAACCGUGACUCCUGUG